AUGGCUUAUUGCCGAAAAGGAACUUACACGGAGGCUACUGAUGAAGAGAUUGCUCAGAACAAGGCUGAAAAAACCGAAAAAACCAUUUAUGUUAGUCAUGAAGGAAAGGAAGAAGGUAAAAAAGGUUUAUCUGUUUUGUAUUUCGGAAAUUUGUUAGGUUUUGCUGAUCGCAAUUUGUUUGUCGAAAGUGGCGAUGAUACCAUUAUCGUUUUUGAUGAGGCUGAUUGGAAUGAUGCUGGUUUUCAAGCCCUCCAAUUUGAAAUGAUUAAUGCUGGUUAUGAUUGUAUAAGAAUGUCAGCUACUUUUCCUGGAACUCCUUUUUCGGCUACUUCUACUUAUCCAAUGAUGCGAAUGUUCAGUGGCAAAUUAGACCCUAAAAUGCCUGCUGGAGUAAUGAGAAUAGAUAAUUCUGAGCAAGCCGAGAUAAUCGAAAAUAUGCGAGGAUUAGAACCAAACUCCAUCAAAUUCCAGGAUGAACAAGGUUUACCAAUUCCAGUAGAAGUUAAUUUAGAAGAGAGAAUUAGAGCCGAGCAAUAUGACGAAAAUUGUGAGGACGUUUCUUGCGGACAACCUUAUGGCUCAUUAGGAAUAGUAGAUGGCAGAAGGGACAGGGGUUAUACUCCUGAUAUUGACACGGUUAUUUGUUCGGGGGUUGCUGAAACUAAGAAUUUAGCUGAGUAUUUCACUUACACAGCCCCUAAAUUGGGAUAUACACCCAUCUCUUCAUUAGUUCAACAAAUGGGACGUUGUGCGGCGAUGGUUAAGGCUUGUUUUGAUGGAAAUAUCAAGCAAAUUAAUGAUAAGGCUUAUAAACAAAUUUACAACAUUGACAUUUUGCGAGGAGCCUUGGCUUACCCCGACCCCAAAACUUUUGGUAAAGCUCCGGAAGAAUUAUUGAUUGGAUUAAAGAUUACUGAUCAGCAACGAGAUAAGCAAUUGCCAAUUGACAAUCUAGAAUGA